CCAGCCCUGCACCUUUCCUGCACUUUUUCAAACGAACGUCGUGGUUCUGCGGGCGUCAUUGCUGCACCGCUGAAACGAAUGGCAGGGUGCAGCACCUCGCGAACUGGUUCAAGUGGUGACGGCGCUGGCAUCGAGGCACCCUACUGACGGCGAAUCGAACGUACCAAUCGGGGCCACGUGACUACAUUCCGAACAGUGAAUCUUGGCGGUGAGUGCACGCGUAUCCUGACAGUUGCUUUGUUCUGCUGUUCUGCGGUUGUGUACGCUUUCCUUUGCUUAGCUUUUUCGUACUCCGUACCGUGGUCUCUUCGCGCCUAUCAAUGGAGCCUCCCGCUCGGAAGAGGAAAAUGUACCUCCACGAUGGCCAACCUUUUCACGUUCCCUCAUCGACACGCCGCUAUAGGUUGCGUCACAUGUCACAGCCGGUUGCGCAAGGGCAUGCUUCGAACAUUGCCGAGCCUGAUCUGUCCUGCUCGUUUGACGACUGUCCGCUACUUUCAGACGAUGAAAUCGUCGCAUCGUCAGCUGGCCGUCAGACUGACAAUGCAUGCCCGGCCCCAGACGAAGGCAACGAAAGCGGGCAAUCCGACCCAGUACCGCCGAUAGACGUUGCCCAAGCGCUCGCAACGGCUCUGCGCGAGUAUGGCACGGGCACCCUUCCUGGAUCCACAACAACAAAAGCUGCUGCAGUCGUAAUGAUUCUAGCUUUUGUUGUUGCGCAUGGGCUGCCUUGGGACACCGUGGACGGGUUGUUGCGUCUCAUCGAAGCAUUGUUUGGGUUUCAAGGUGACAUGCUGCCUCGAAGCAAGUAUCUACUCAGGAAGUUGUGGAAUCCAACGAUGCAUACGGCCGUGAAUCGCCAUUACUACUGCAACAUUUGCGGAAGUCAACUAGAGCAGCUAAGUUCAGAGACAAUGCGCUGUCAAGCAUGCCAAGCAGAUAUGAAAGUCUCGCUAUUGAAUAACGCAGGUUGCUUUUUCAGCAUCUUGAACAUCAAGCAGCAAAUUGGUCAGUCAAUAGCAAAGUUUAAGGACCUUCUGUUCGCCCAAAUGGAAAAAAUAGAGCAAGGAUUGCAAUGCGAUUCAGUGAGUGACAUCACCAGUGGUGCCUUUUACAAGAGUCUUAGACAGAGUGGCAAGAUAUCCCACAAGGACUUGACGCUCACAUUCAACACUGACGGAAGCCCUGUUUAUAAAUCGUCGAAAGCGUCUGUGUGGCCCAUCCAGUUCACUAUAAAUGAACUUCCGCCAGGUGUGCGCCGCCAAAGCCCUGUUCUGGCUGGAUUGUGGUUUGGCCACAAACAUCCAGACAUGAUGGUGUUUAUGGACAAAUUUGUGGAGGCAUUGCAGGCUGUUGGAACUGUUGUGUGGCAGCAUGGAACAGAAACGGUUAGAUCUAAAGUUCAUUCCAUCUGCUGUUCAGUUGAUGCACCAGCCCGUGCAGCAGUGACAAACCAGACACAGUUCAAUGGAAGGUUCGGCUGCUGCUGGUGCCUGACCUGUGCAGAACAAAUCGAAGGUACUCCUCGUUACAUCCAAACGGACUUUGCACUGAGAACAGAAGAAGGGGUCCUGAGAGACAUGAAGCUUGCCCUUGAGCUGAAUAUGCCAGUGAAUGGCAUCAAGGGUCCAUCGCCCCUGAUAAACCUUAAUUUGUUCAAUCCAGUGUUGAGCCAGGCAGUUGACUACAUGCACUGUGUGCUGCUUGGAGUGACAAGGCAGCUUACCGAGUUUUGGCUGGACAGUGCAAACUCCCAGGAGCCGUUCUACAUCGGUGCUCCUUCAACUAUAGCCAAGCUGGAUAAACGUCUCCUGAGUAUUUGCCCACCCCACUGCUUCACACGGCUGCCACGGUCCUUGGCAGACAGGUGCUUCUGGAAGGCGAGCGAGUGGAAGAACUGGCUGCUCUACUACUCUCUGCCAACAGUACUUGGAGUGCUGCCGCCGCGGUUCUGGAGGCACAUGUCAAUGCUGGCCGAAGCCAUUUUCACUCUGCUCAAGAGUGAAAUUUCACCAACUGAUCUUCAAUGUGCAGGUCACCUGCUUGAAUCAUUUGUGUGCAGAGCUGCAAACCUCUAUGGGACUCGCUUCAUGACUUUUAACGUCCACCAGCUUCGCCAUCUGACGUCAAGCGUGGAGCAUCUGGGUCCCCUUUGGGCAAACUCAGCGUUUCCCUUCGAAGCAGGCAAUGGGAAGCUCACAAAGAUGGUAAAGGCAGCAAAAGGAGCUCCGACACAAAUACUGGAGAGAGUCACUCUGGAAGGAGAGCUGGAGCUUGCGCUGCAUUUGCUUUCUCUUCCGCAUGAUGUGGUGAGGUUUUGCGAAAGACUGCUUGGCAAUGUUCCUGUUAAGAAAGUGACUCGAAUUGAUAAUGUAUGCUUAUUUGGAGCACCAGUUACAGCUAUGUUGUCCGAGCGGGAACUGCAAUCUGUGCAAAAUUUCUUGGACACAACAUGUGCUGUAAUUGAGGAAUAUUCAAGAAUGAGCUUUGAAGGCACAAUUAUACACAGCCAGCAGUAUAGAAAAGCAAAGAAAAGUGACUGUUCUGUCGUUGCAAGCCAUGAUGGGAAAUUUUUUAUAGUUUCCCAUAUAUUGCAUGUAAUUGACGGCAUUUCUGGCGUGGUUCUCUUGCUUUGUCAGAAACUGGGAAUUGGUGAAAAUGCUGAUGGUUUUCCUCCUCACAUCCAAGAGUGUUUUUUGUCGCCUGUUGACACUUGUGUUGUUUUAAAGCCCGCUUCUGUUGCAAUGCCGGCUUUGUUUAUAGACUUUGAGGCUGAAAGCAAGCAGUAUGUAUGUGCAUUGCCCAACAUUGUAGAACGGGAUUGAACUGAAGUACAAAAACAAGUCUCUGCGUCACUGUAUUUACGGAAAUCUAACUAGCACGUUUUUUCUGAGAAACUGUGUUCAAAAAUAACCUGAACUUAUAUAAAACAAAAGCUGUGUGUAUGGCCACCAGCGUUUGUGGCAUUGUGGAAAGCUCGGUAUCUGCAAGAACGCUCGCUGCCGCAUACUUUGACAAGUCAGAUGCAGAGUUGCAUAUAAUCUGAAUUAACUUCUGGGGUGUUACGUGCCAAAACUAUGAUCUCAAUAUGAGGUGCGCUGUAGUGACGGACUCUGGAUUAAUUUUUACCACUCGGGUAUAUUCAACGUGCCCCGAAUAUGCGGCACAUGGGCGUGUUUGCAUUCCACCCUAUCAAAAUGUGGCUGCUGCGACCUCGUGCUUAGCAGCACAGCACCACAGCCCUUGAAAGUCAGUAUUCUCUCUAGAAGUGAUUGCUUGAGAUUACCACCCCUGUGUGCUUGGUAUCUGUGGCCAAUAAAGGCCAAACUUCAAUGACAAUGCAGCACUUUCAUUACGAAAGCUCAUAUAUAAAAAAAAAAUUCCCUUUGGUGAAGGUAACUUCUACAUGUCUCGUAUUCUGAUCCUGAACGUUUAGGGCAUGCUAUAUUUUUCUAUUAUAAAUCUGGCGAGUUGCAUUCAUAUGUAAUCUUAUUUUGUUACUUUAAUCUCGUGAAAAUUGAGUGGGUUAGAAUCCCAUAAGUACAGUGUCAGUAUGGGUCUGCAUUUUCGAAGUUUAUCUUGGAACAAAUUCACAUCUUUUGUUUAUUCCACAAUGAAGUUAUAGUUGCUCAUUCUGGCAUGCACUAUUUAUUUGACUGAAUGAACAUACUCUGAUGGGAGCCAUGGCGUACGUAGCACCGAUGUCUUCCACUGACUUUUUUCUCUGCCUACACUGGCUGGCCUUGUUUGUUUAAUUUAAUCUUUUUUCUACAUUCCAUGGGUGUACCACUAAGUUGCCUGUCAAUAUGGUGAUCUACUGUAGUAGUUGAGAUGGUGACACGCAUUACUCACUGCUUUCCAGGUCCACUUGCAUAAACAGUAGGACAUAUUUUAGUUCGGUGUCUGACGAAGGUGCUGGUGAAAGUGACUCGCAGGCUUUUGCAGAAAGACUAUUACACAAGUGUACCCUCAUAGUGUGACUUGUCUUCCCUCGUGUGAAGCUGAGAAUUUUGUCGUAAGUAGAGCCUGCUGGACGAUAUCAAUGAGCAUAGCUGGAUACAUUAGAGUUGGUACACAUAGAGUGCCAAGGCAAUGGAUGUGUAGCUACGCGGCGUCAUACGAUCGUUGCAGACCACGUGUGUCAUUGUAUGACUUCUCAUUCUAACGAUGUCAAAGUGCCGUCAGUGGUCCUGAAUAAUCUUUCCUUCAACAGUGAGGUGGCAUGCACACAGCAUGUUUCAAGUGCGUGCAAACAAGAGACUGCUGCUGCGACAUCACCAGCCAGAAAACACUUUAGGUAGUCAAAUUUGGCGGAACAUGUCAAAUCAGUUGAGGUGAAUAGUUGGGUCAAAUUGUUCUCAGAAGCCUGUCCACUCAUUGAUGUCCCCUUGAAUAUGGACAUAUGUAGAGGUAGCAAUCGAGGUCCUACCUAUCUGGCUGUUGUCUCGUUUCUAGGCAAUAUGACUGCCUUGUGCGCUUGAAGUUUGUGAUUGUAUGCUUUGUGCUCAUUUUAUAUAGGUGAUUUGGCAAUGACGAUUUGGCAACCAGCCAAUCAGUGUGCAAUUGAGGGUGACACUACAGUUGAACCCACUUAUAAAGAUAUCGGUUAGGACAACAAAAAGCUGCUACACUGUCAACUUUUGUAUGUUUUGUAUGGGGAAAUAACCUGCUUUCUACAGUGGUCCCAUGCCGCAUUAUCGGUUGUAACGAUGAAUUCUGGCUGCUGAAUGUCCGUGCUGAAAGGUAAUGGAAUCUGACAUCCUUGAAAAGAAAAAAAGUGAAAUGCUAGCCGCUGCAUGCUUGCCCGCCACUGCAACUGCCGCCGCGCGCUUCUCUCCAUGAGAGAUUCACACCAGCCUUGCGUCGCCCUUCCACCCCUCCGAACAAGAAUGGGCUGCGGCCAUAGCUCUGUGCCUCGCCACUCCAAAACGCAAAUGGACCACGCCAACUGCACUGCCGGCACCGCUCCCAGAUUGCUCGCUGGGCCAUCUCUAUGGCUGGGUCCUCACUGUUGGUUCUUUAUUCUAUGGUCCUCAUUCUGCCCAGUUCUGCUAAUGGAUUAAGUCACUUGUACUUGUCUCUGUUUGUUGCAUUGAAGCCAUUCCUGGCCAUGUUGUUUCUCAGCCUUGUAUGAGUUGCUGCCGAAAUGGAAGAUGGAUGAUCUGCCUGCUGAUCAUCAGCAAUGCACUACGUUGCUGGUGAAAAGAAGGCACACUGCUAUAGAUUUGUAAACCAAAUGCUUCUAACUGAUGAGGCGAUCGUCAUAAACGUGCAUCGGAUAGCGACAGUGACGGCCACGACAGCAGCGCUGACACUGUAGGGCAGGCUGCUUCAAAUAGUCUUCACCCAGUCCAUCGUGGCGCUGUUCAUCGCACUUUUCUCGUGAACGUGCGCAACAACAUUCCUGGGGAACUUUUAUUUGGCCAGUAGUGUACUGUGUCCGUCCACCAACAAAACAGCACAGCAUAGCUCUUUUUCACUUCUUCUCAUAACCUGCUGUCCUAAGCUUGAUCUCUUUCACUCUUCGUUUACUGUGUAUAUGCCAUGGGCAUGUCGAAGAACACUGGUGUCUUGUCAGUGUUUGCAAUCUGCUCCAGUUGAUAGCUCUUUUGCCGCCAUUUUUCAAUGACGUAGUACUGGAAUCCCAUGAGCUUUUCCUCAGAAUUCGCUGGCUAGUUUCUGGCACACGAAAGCCAGUUGUCUGAGGCUGAAGCCGAAACAUUUCAUGAAACGCGUUACCCAGCCUUUGCUGCGCUUGAAAUUGGUUUGUGUGAUACCCCUAGCAUUGGUGACCUCCCUUGCCUUUGCCUGUAUAAUCCCCAUCGUUAUGUGCAUUCCUGCUUCUCUCUGUUCCCUAAUGAAUACGCCGUAUCUUCCACCUCAUGGUGUUGACUCCUCUGUGGUCCGGUGAAACCCAUGCGGGCUGCACUGCAGUUGGAAAGCUUGUUCCAUUUCCACCACCAUAGCAUGUUCUUUUCGUCCAUGCCGAACUCGUGCUGUACUUGGAGGUUGGAGGUUUUCUCCAUGUGUAAAACGACCUUUUGCCAUUAGCCUGUAGUGUAGUGGCACCACUUGGUCAGUGCCACCACAGUGGCUGGCAGGAGGCUACAGCGCAACACUUGAAAAAAAUUUGGACAACCCGCUCUGAACGAUCGCUUCCAGAAAACACUAUGGCGCACGCAUAUGUUGCUACAAGUCUGUGACGGUGAGGUGGUGAUAGGUAUGUGGCAGUUGCGGCCAAACCACCGACUCAAAUCUAAGCCGACCCCUUGCUUCCGUACUUCAUUUUCUUUUUAGAAGUAUCGACCAGUAAUUACGGUAUUACAAACACUGCACAUAUGUUAGUACACUUGUUUUUCCUGUCCCAUAUUUGUAGCACAUUGUGUUGGAAACAUGAACCAACUAGCCAAUUUAAAUAUUUAACUUUUAUGUUACCUGCAUUUGUAGGUCUCAGUAUCUGUACAUGAGAAUGUUAAAUUUACAUGUACAGUGAAACCUUGUUAAAUCGUAGUUGGCCGGAGCUUGGAAAAAGUAUGUAUUAAACGGUAGUACUGCUAAACUGAAAUAGUGUGAGAUUGCUCACUUACCUGUCAAAAACGGAACUCGGAGAGAGUGCAAUAAAAGGGCAAAAGACAUGCAGUAUUAUCCAUUUUGCACGACAAAAGUCUGUUAUAUUCGUUUGAUGCCGCGGCAGCCUAGCAGUGACGACAGCAGCAUCAAACUCCUUUAAGCUCGCCAAACACUCGCAUGAGGCUGACGUAAUGCGCAUCUUCUGCCACUGUCGGGCCUGAAUCGCCCGUGCUGUCGUUUUCUGUGUCGUCCUCAUCACUGUCGUUAGGGGACACUUCAGCAAUAACAGAGGCAACGAUGGUGAAAAGACAAACCUCAAAAAGUUGAACCUCGUAGCCAACGUCUUUUCGCGGUCCCAGCAGCACUGCCGAGCAUCUUCUCCUUCGCAUUACAAAUGCCACAUACCAUAUUGAACGGUAGAUCCUUCUCACGUGCCAGCGCCAACUUCGUGCCACGUUCGGUAGCACAAACAAUUUCCAAUUUUUCAUUUAUGCUGAGCACCUGGUUUUUGUCCAAACUUUGGCAUGACGCAAGUCCUAGCUUGCACGAUGCCACAGCACUAUCUGGCUCGGCACCGAAAUAAUGUUGAUGUUAGUGUAGCUUCACCCUUCCAAGCGGCUUCUGCGUUCGUGCUUCGAGACCGUUAUGAUCUCAGGCUCAUUCUGCCUGGCCGACCUACCGCCGUGAUUGUGCUAGGAAAAGUGCAAACACUAUGUGUUAACCAAUACGUACGCAAUAAACUGGAACGGUUUAUGCGAAUACAAAACAGAUUAUGUUGAAUAGCCGCUGAGUUGGGGACUUCACUUUACUACGUUUAAAAUGAAACUGCUGUUUAAGCAGGUACAGUUUAGCGAUGUCUUACUGUAUUCUUGUACAGUAAGUCACUGCAACAUAGUGUUUGUAGUAUUAAUUAAUUCAUCAAUAGUUAGCCUUUUUCUAUCUUGUUUCGUAAUGCACAUUGUGUAAACUUAUUGCUGUUUCUGACGAUGAGCCGUCACACUUAUAAGCCAUUAUAUUUGGAGAAAUACUUUUAUGGCCGAUAAUUAAAUCUUCUUCCCGGAAGAGGUGCACCAGUAUAGUUCUGUUGCGUAUGGAAAUCUGAAAUCACAGCUACUGCCUGCACUAGUUUGAAGGAAUGCAGACUAUAAGGUACAUGUUGUCCACCGAUAAGCAUGUAGUACUGUAAAUUCUUAAUAACACUGCACUGAGCUUAUGUAUGUAAGCUAUGCAUUAGGAGACAUGUAAUGUGUUUAGUUGAACUAGUGCAGGGGUGUUUUUGCUGUAGAAUAUAUCAGCCAGGUCGGUAGGUAAUAUUCUACAUAUUGGAACCCAGAUCAUGGCAGUGAAUCACAAUUUUUCAGGUAUUAUGACAAUAACAAAAUUGAGCAUGUGCUGUUGAAGCAAAAUUCUAGGGACCAUGGGAAUGAUGGCCAAACUGCACGGCUGAGCUCUCCAGUGGUGGCGUACCUUUGUCUGAAACUUCUGUACUGUUCAAGUGCAUCAUUUUUACGCAAAGCUAAAUUUCUUUGGCUUUUGCAAGGGAUGUUUGCUCAGUCGGUUUCUUACUGAGUAUUGGCCUCGAGCUCCACCACUGGAAAAGCUGGCGCCACUGUCGGCGUGACGUGCUAGGAGGGAUCACGUGGACAUAGCGGCCGCGCCGGCUGCUUCGGGCGCUCCGAAGCGAGCUGAAAACGAGUUUAAAUUCCCUCGUAUGCUGCGGUCCUCAUUUAGUGCCGAAAUUUUCCCGCUUCGAGUGUCUCCUUUACAACGCUUGAAAGCACUACAAUAGUUAGUGGCUGCCUUUGAAGGCGCGCAACAUGGUAGGCUACUGCUCGGUGCCGCAGGGCGGGACGCACGUAACGGAGGCCGGUGUCAGCCUUAUUCACACGUAACCGCAGGACAAGAAGCUGCGUGAAGCUUGGCUCGCGAAACAUAAAACCGGCAAACAGUCAUCGGCUACAACUCGGGUAUGCAGCAAGCACAGACGCGAGGAAGAUUUCUGCUACGGCGCCCGGUCUGCGAUGUUCUGAAAACGCGCACUGAGACGCUCGACCGAGUCCGCUGCCCGACUAAUGUCGUGACGGUUUGGUCUAUGAACUUGUCGAUGCUAUAGAUACUGGCAAGUUCAGUGGAGUGGAACAGCAGCGGUAAGAAGCACAUUUAAAGAAAGCAUGGCAUAUGGUCAUGUUUGUGUUAUGAAUGAAUGCGCUAAAUUACAAAAAAGGAGCAGCGGGAAAUUGCACGCUGAGAACACCGAUAAACAUACAGUGCGACGCAACUCGAGAAAUAGUAUUGAAAGGUCAAAGAAUUUAGAAGAAAAAAAAAAAGAUUGAAUCGUCGCGACGGCACAUCACAGUCCCCGGGGAGUAGGCGUCGAAGUCUCUACAAUGAAAUUAUUUUUGAACAGCUGUGAUAGCGCCUACGCAACAAUGGUUGCUUGUAUACUGUCAAAUGCUCAUAUUCUGCGGCCUAAAGCUCAUGGCACGAUGCGAAAACGCGCGCGCGGUGAAAACGAAACAGUGCGCGGACAAGCAUGCAGACGCGCAGUCGGUCGCUGUGAAUCUGUGCGAUCGCUGCAUUGAGGCUUCGUUCUAUUACACUCCAUUUAGUUAUACAAACACUAUAAGAACAUAUUUCACAUAGUUUGCUCUCAGCGUUUACCUACUUUUCACGCAAGAAGCUGGUUCGGGAGACUCCAUCGCGGCGACCGCGCGCAGUGGCGUUCACUGUACGUAUUCGGUAAAGAGAUAGCGUCUGUAAACGAUUGUGUGCUUUCAGUUUGUCCAAGAUUAUUAUUUAGACAGUAAUAAACUUCUCUCGUUUCGAAAGUACUUACAGAAAUGUUCGGGAGAGCUCGCGCGUGGUGUUUCAGUGAGCGCUGACAGCAAAACCUAUGAGGAGCGCGCCACGUGAUCCCUCAUAAUACGCCAGCGAGGCGCUUCCGAUAGGUGGCGACUCCGUAACUCCUCGCCGCCAAUACUUGGCAAGUUUCUUGCUGAGUAAACUAGCCAAUGCUUGAUGCAUUCUUAGUAAACUGGGCUGGUCCCGGAGAUGAUGCGGUCUGAACUAGGCCAAUUCUGGAAACUCUAAUGUGUUGUUGCUUGAGUCACAUAGAGUUUCCACAGUUGUGUGGGCAUUUUUGGUGGCAGAGCAAUUUUAAAGUUGAGCAUAUAAAGAAAACCUGCAUUGUGGGAAUUUGUGGCAUUUGCACCUGUGUCAUGGGACUGAAGCACAUUUUUAAAACUUGUGCUAUGCUGAAAACACAGUACAUAACGCAGUUACCCGCGCAUUAGCACUAAGUCAAUUGGCUCAAGUUUUCUGUGAUGAGAGAAUGCGAACAGUUCCUUGUAUGUACAGUGUCAUACCUGGUGGUAAUACAUCAUACUACAUGCUAAAUGGUAAAAGUGUUAACUUGCAACUACAAAUUUGCAUGUUACACGUUGGCUGCCACCAACAAAGAAAUGCGACCCCACAGUAAAGGUUAGGUGGAAUAUGCACUUAGCUUUCUUUCUUGGGAAACAUAGGCAAUGCCAAACACUGUUUGAAAACUUUGGUUGAAGAGCACAGCCAAAGAGUAGACAAUGUAUCGACCUGUCCAGCUUUCCCCAGUUCACAUGUGUGCGUGUUUGCAGUUUGUGUAAAAUACCAUAUGUCCUGGUGCAAAAUACCAUAUGUCCUGGAGCAUGCACUAAACAGAACGCAAAGCUGCUGGGGACGUGAUACAGAAAAGAAAUAAUGAAAACCACAUACGAUUAUAUGAAAAAUAAAAAGGUAAAACCCAUGAAGGGGAUUCAGGAAUUGCCAUUCUUCAAUAUCAAUGAGUGUACAUAGAGCGCAGCGGUGCUGUUUGACCACCACUUCAAUGGUUCAUACAAUUUUGCUCUCAAUCCAUGCACGCAACUGCUUAUUUGUGCUCAAGUAUUAAUGUGGAAUAAUCUGUGGUUUUCACUAGUCUUUUUAACGCCACUUGAUUGGGUCGCAGAUUGCUAUGAACAGUUUUUAUAUCCAGCACAAACCUUAAUUGUUCUCAAUGAAGUGAUUGAAUGUAACCAUUCUGUUUUUACAUAUAAAUGCAUUGUAUAAUACAGCUUGUUAAAUGACAUAUAUGUAAUGCAAAUGCCUUGUUGUAAAAGAAGUAGUGUGUACUCCAGCUGCCCGCUCAUUUUUCCUGGCACCUCAUGGACAAAAGGUUAACAAAAGGUCCAAUAUGCUGCAGGACAGCACCUUUUGUUAACCUUUUGUCCAUGAGGUACUUCAUGUUGCUUCAAAGAAAGUGUCAUCUACAGAGAACCUGACACAGUGCAUGUGCUGUCUGAAGCGGGACAGAUACAAAGUUGAAGGAACGUGAAACAGAGUGACCUUUUCACUGAAAAGCACAAUUUCUUAUGCUUAUUGUUUGUUUAUUAGGCGAGCUCUUACAAACUGGCUCACAUGCACCAAUACUCAUUCCCGUGAACUUGCACUGUACUGAUUUUUUAUCACCAUAAGGAUUAUGAAACUUCUUUGUUGUUUCAAGCUUUUUCAGAACUAUUUUGCUAAUCCCAAGGUACAAUAUGUGUUCUCACUCACAACCAAUUCUGUCUAUUCUAUCUGCAGGCAUUGAUGCAAGGAAUGACUGCCAAAGUCAUUUUUCACACUGUUUAUAAUUGCUGUACACUGGGCAUGUGCACUUCCAUCAUUAAACACUACAGUGAUAUUGUACAACGCAUUAAGUGCAUGAAUAUCCCUGACUGACAUCUCUGAUGCAAGCAAUAUUAUUAGGAUGUGACAAAGUGCAUGCGUCUUCUGUCAUUGAUCAAACUGCCUGCAAUAAACUCCUUUGCCAACUCGUC